CACGGGCUGUGAAGGGAAGGAGCAUCAUAUCUGCUCCAACACCCAGCCGCGUGUGGACGUCAAUGUGCAAUGUCUGAGCGUGAGAGCAAAGGCGUUAGUGGGGGCGUCUCCCAGUGAAGUUUCCUGUUGUCCCCUCGCUCCCCGCUCACAGUGAGUUUGCCGCUCGUUAUCUCCGGUGAACAUGGAGUUCUCGGCUCUCCCCGGGGUCGUGCUCAGGGUGUUUGGCGGGUUCCCGGCGCUGGCCGUGUUUUGUAUCGUCUUUGCCCUGGCCCUUGACUUGAUGAAGAGGUGGAAGAAGUGUGGCAACUACCCUCCCGGGCCCCGGGCUCUGCCUUUCAUCGGCAACCUUCUGCAAGUGGAUCUGCACAACCCGCACCUGUCAUUCACAAAGCUGCAGAAGAAGUACGGCGAUGUGAUGAGUUUAGAUUUUGGGUGGAAAAAUGUGGUGGUGUUGAGCGGCUACAAGGCCCUGAAAGAGGCACUGGUGAAGAAAUCAGAAGAUUUUGCGGAUCGACCAGACCUCCCAAUAUACGAAAAGAUCUUUAAGCAGAUUGGAGAAGGUAUUGUGCUCGCAAAGUAUGGUGACUGGUGGAAAGCGCAGAGAAGAUUUGCACUUUUGACGCUGAAAAAUUUUGGGCUCGGAAAGAAGUCUCUUGAAUUGCGAAUUGUGGAAGAAGCUGGAUUUUUAAACCAAGCAUUUGAAGGUGAUCAAGGUGGCUCUUUUGAUCCUCACAUCCAUUUAACUUAUGCAACUUCAAAUAUUAUCUGUUCGAUUAUCUUUGGAGAACGUUUUGAGUAUCAUGACGAAACGUUCCAUGAAUUGUUGGGCAUACUUGAUGAAAGCUUUGUAUUGCAAGGUGGAUUUUGGGCCCAGCUGAUAAAUGCCUUGCCUUUUGUUCGACACCUCCCGGGCCCACAACAGAAAAUAUUUGAAAACCAAAAGAAAGCCUCUCAGUUUAUGCAAGAAAUAAUCACAAGGCACAAAGAUUCAUGGGAUCCAGAUGAUCCCAGGGACUUCAUUGAUGCUUUCUUUAUACAAAUGGAGAAGAUGAAACACACUCCCAACACAAGUUUCCAGGAGCCCACGCUGAUCGGGACAUUAUUGAGCCUUUUUGCUGCGGGUACAGAGACCACCUCCACCACCCUAAACUGGGCCUUGCUCUUCAUGGUACUCCAUCCUGAUAUACAGUCCCAGGUCCAUGAGGAGAUCGACAGAGUCAUUGGGAACGGGAGGAAGCCAAAGCUGGAAGACCGUGAGGAAAUGCCAUUCACUAACGCAGUUAUCCACGAAACCCAACGCUUAGGAAAUAUUGUUCCAAUUUCACUGCCUCAUCAAACAUACAGAGACACAGAGGUCAUGGGUUACACCAUUCCUAAGGGAACAAUGAUCAUUCCAAACAUUACCUCAGUCUUGUAUGAUGAAGACAUUUGGUUGACUCCACAUCAGUUUAAUCCGGGACACUUCCUGACUUCGGACAGGAUGUUCAUGAAGCCAGAAGCUUUCAUCCCAUUCUCUGCAGGUCACCGUGUGUGUUUGGGGGAGCAGCUGGCAAAGACGGAGCUCUUCAUCUUCUUCACGUCCUUGCUCCAACACUUCACCUUCUUUCUCCCGGAAAACAAGCCGCGACCCAACUACAGGGAAGCUAGAUACCAAAUUACCCUCUGUCCACCCUGCUAUCAGCUGUGUGUUAAAACCAGAUGAGAUGAAAUGAGAAUAUCCUGGUUAUGUAAUAAUUGUAGUGUAAAAUAUCUUAUUAAGUAAAUGUUUAGCUUGACUUUUUUGGGUUCUGAAUAAAAUGAAGUUUUAUAAUUCUGUACAAUAUUAGAGGAACUAUGGGGAUCAGGGAGCUAGAGGCCUGCAUACCAAGCUUUUAUAAUAGUGUUUCCUGUUAUGCCCAAGGAAAAGACGAUUAACUACAGUGGGAGAGGAUGUUGUUUUCUGUGGACUUGGAAAUUGGGUAAACAGAAACUUCCGUGGGUAACUGAUAAAGAUCCUUACAUUGUUUCAGAAGGUACUGCAGAUGCUGGACCUGUUUCCUGUUAUGAAGAUGUUUUGUGAUCAACCGUUUGUGAUCAAUAUAACCACAGUAUGACAAGUGUAUUGUAUUGUAACAAGUAUGCUUUGAAUGGGUUCAGCCUGAUUGAUUUGAGUAUUGUGUUGAAUGUCAUUAUUGCAACUCUGUAUAAGCAUGUGACCAUGUUUCCAAAACACUAUAAAAUAUGCCGUAUGUCUUCAUUCAUUAGAGGGGUGGCUCAGGAGAAUCAAGUGUCUGUUGCAUACUUGACUCUGUAUCCCUGCCCAUCUUGCCGACUGAUGAUCAGUAAAGCUUGAGUUGGUUUACCUAACCCAUUGUGAGUUGUUUGUUUGAGAAGUGAACCUUAACAGAAGUAGAGGGAAAACUAGGAGAUCCACUCUUCUCAAACCUGCCUGUGAUCAAAUCAGUAAUUGUUUCCUUUUUUUUAAAGUUUGUAAAAUCUUAUGGAUGUAUAUUAUUCGAAAAUGUAGCUUUCAGAGGAAUGGUCCUCCUGGUGCUCUGGGACAGGGCCCAUUAGUUUUAUGAAUCCAAACCCUGGACCAUCUGCAGACAAUUGGGAGGAGACUCUCCACAGAGGAUUCUCGAUACAUAGAAACAAAGAACUUUGGUUGCUGGUUUAUUCCAAAACAUCCAGGCCUUUCACUAUUCGGUAAGUAUCAUUGAUGUUCCCAUCAACCUUCUAAACUCCAGCAAAUACAGGCCCAGUGCCGUCAUACACUCAUCAUAUGCUAACCCAGUCAUCCCCGGGAUCAUUCAUGUAGACUUCCUCAGGAACCUCUCCAACACCAACGCACCCUUUCUCAGAUAUGGGCCCAAAACUGCUCACAAUACUCCAAAUGCGGUCUGACCAGCGCCUUAUCUGUGUUGAGUGUUUGGCGGCACUGGGCUUGUACUCGCUGACAUUUAGAAGGAUGAUGGGGGACCUCAAUGAUACUUACCAAAUAGUGACAGGCCUGGAUGUUUCCAUUAGUGGGAGAGUCUAAACCAGAGGGCAUAGCCUCAAAACAAAAGGACGUACCUUUAGAAAGGAGAUGAGGUUUUUUUUUUAGUCAGAGGUUGGUGAAUCUGUGCAAUUCAUUGCCACAAUGGCUGUUGAAGCCUGGUUAUUGGGUAUUUUUAAGGUGGAAAUUAACAGAUAUUUGAUAAGUAUGGGUGUCAAGGGUUAUGGGGAGAAAGUUGGCGAAUGCGGUUGAGGGAGAAAGAUAGCUCAGCCAUGAUUGAAUGACAGAAUGGACUCGAUGGGCCAAAUGGCCUACUUUUACUCCUUUGGCAUAUAAGCAUACGACCUGGCAAGAAACUGAAUUGUGCAGCGUCACAGUGCAGAAUAGUUCCAUAUUAUCAUACUCACUUACUCCAGGGGCAGGGGGGCUGUUUCUAAGUGACGUUUUUAAAGGGAGGAAUUGUGGCGACAUCUCAGAUUGGUGUUGCACCACCAACAUGGAUAUCGCCAUUAGGAUCAGUGUGUACAGAACCCACUUUAGGUUCCUGUGCACUCUUGGUGUGACCCACUCCCCCACCUAAAUUGAGAACCUUCUUCCACCUCCCCUGCCAUCCUGACCACAAACACACCCUGAUACCAAAUCUAUUGCUGUGUCCAGAAUCUAAAUUAUUAAGUUUGACCAAUCAUUCUAAAUGUCAUGUUAAUUUGCAUGUCAUGUUAUACAGGUGUGUGUUAGCUUAAUGGCACAAUGGGUGGUUGUAAUCGUGUAAUUUUGUCCCCCAAAUU